AUGACGAUGAUUGAUAGUCUCGGGUCAACCAUUCUACAAAAGCCUGGACAAAUGAUCGCAUUCGUGAAUAAUGUGUUGGAGGGAUAUAGCAACGUUGAGGCGAAUCGGAAAGGUAACGAAGGUGCUGGAUUGAGAGGAAGAUUUGGUGGAUUGGGUGAAUUGAGCAACAUUAUCAAAGAUGAAGAAGAGGAUUCGACCGAAGACGACAAUGAGGAAGAUGAAAUAUUGUCCCUCGCCUUAUCACUUUUGGCAUCAUUGUUGGCAGAGCACAAGGAUCUAUCGACGCAGGAUUCUCAUGUUCUAAGUUUGGUCUCGGGCAAUUUAAUUCCAUUUCAAACCCAUCCCAACCCCUCGAUUUGUUCGCUAUCUCGAGGUCUGAGAUUAACGAUAUCCGUGCGUGAGGCUGCAUCCAAAUAUUCGUCACCCUCACAGAAUUCUCACGAAUCACAGCGCAGGGAAGAAAGUUUGAAAAAAUUUCAGGAAGCUCUAGAGGCGUUGCAAGAUGAAAUUCUCCCUAUAAAAGCACGCGGAAUCACGAUGCUUAAGGAGAUGGUGCUCGAAAAGGACGUGGUCAUGAACGAAGGGGAGAAUUUGGAUAGAGUUUUUGACAUAUUCAUUCAGAUGGUUCAAGAUGAUGAAAGUUUCAUCUAUUUCAAUGCCAUCAAGGGAUUAUCAUCGUUGACCGACGUUCACGGAGAAGUGAUCAUAAGAAAGUUGAUGAAAAUCUAUUCGGACGCCGGUCAAAAUCUGGAUAAUCGAUUGCGCGUAGGAGAGGCGAUUUUACAAACAGUUCAAAGGUGUGGAGAUGCGCUUGGAAAAUAUAGUGAAAACGUCACCUUGCGUAUGUCGGCGUUAAGCAUCAUUGGAUGUGCGUGCGAGACAUCACCUUUGGCGUUAACCUCAUGGUUCAGAGAUGUGAUGGAUUGGGUGUUGAAUAUAUUGGAUAUCCAGAGUGAAGCUGAAAUCCGAAGAGCAUCAAUAGUAUUAUUAAUUUCACUGUUCCGUGGUUUGUCUUCGCAUUCGCAAACGAUCUAUCUUAUUCCGAAGGAUUUAUUGGAACGAAGUUGGCGCACGCUAAGUUAUAUUGAGGAGGUUGACAAGGAUGAGCUGACAAGGUAUCAGGCCAGAAUUGGACUAUCCGAGUUGGACGCCAUGUCGCACAACGAAUUGUUCGGCGGCAUUUGA